UUAUCGACGACAAACAGCCGGCAUAGGUUCACUAGUAUAAAAUCUAGAGAAUUUUCAGGAAAAUCAAUCAGUUGCAGGCUAAGUGCUAAGUGAACUAAGUGCAUUAACUCAAAACUCAAGAUGAAAUUAUUAAUUGUUCUCUGUGCAAUCAUUGCAAUUGUCGCAGCCGAUUGGGAGCCCCACUCGCGUGAAGAAUUCUCCAAGCAUCGCGAAGAAUGUAUAAAGGAAGGCAAGCUUUCGGAAGAAGCUGCUGAAAAAAUAAGGAAGCACAAUUAUCCUGACGAUGAGGACACCAACUGCUUCAUACGUUGUAUGGGCGUAAAGGCUGGAACAUGGGAUGAUUCUAAAGGAUAUGAUGUUGACCGGGUCUACGAAACUUUCAAAGUCAAUAAUAUGGAAGCGAGCAAGGAUGAUUUGAAAAAAUGUUUCCAUCAACUCAUGGAUGUUAGCAACUGUGCCUGGGCUGCAAAUAAUAUGAAGUGUCUGUGGGAGCACAAGUAUGUUGUUAAGAAGGAAGCAGCAUAAAUGAAGAAUUAAGAUUAAAAAUCGAACAAAUAAAGUUCGUUAUGUUCAAAAAAA